AUGCUUCAUGUUAUCUUCUAUACUGUUCUCUUUCUGCCAAAUGUCUUUGCCAUCGAGGAAUAUCCCUGGACCUAUGACAAUGACAUGAUAGGUGGUCCAAAUUUUUGGGGUCUGAUGCUAGGGAAACAAUGUGAAAUAUGUUCAAAAGGAAAGUUACAAUCUCCAAUUGAUAUAAGACCCAACAGACUUCUAUUUGAUCCCAACGCACUGCCUAUGGUCAUUGAUAGAACACAUGUAAUGGCGGAAAUGGUCAAUACAGGACAAAUGGCACGUGUGAGAAUUGGAAACUCGGCCAUUCGUCCGACAGCUAAUUUGACUGGAGGUCCACUACACGGUUAUAGAUAUAGGAUUCAACGAAUGGAUUUGCAUUUUGGGAGAGAUUCUGUGAAUGGAAGUGAGCACACCAUAGAUGGCAGAAAAUACCCUAUGGAGAUUCAAAUGCUGGCUUUCAACUCCGAUUUAUAUACGAACUUCUCUCAGGCCAGUAAAUCUCCCCACGGUUUAGCAGCUAUAGCUGUUCUAGUAGACUUUGGACCUUCAACUACGGACGAACUUUUGAAGUUAACUAUAGCCACAGCAAGCGUCAUCUAUAAAGCCCAAAGGGUGGAACUCUCUGACUUGAAACCUUGGAAACUUCUCCCUCAAACCCGAGAUUAUGUAACAUAUGAUGGAUCAAUAUCUUCUCCUCCAUGUCAUGAAACAGUCACAUGGAUGAUUGUCAAUCAGCCGAUACAUAUUUCACAAGAUCACUUUCGAGAAUGGGGAAAGCUCCUACAAACUAAAGAAAAGCCUAAGAGUGGAGAAGAACCCAAAUUCAUAGCACCAAAUACCAGACACACACAAGAGUUUCAACAACGAUUACUUCGAACUAAUAUCCAAUUAAAGAUGAAGACUAGAAAGGAAUGCAAACUACCCAUGCCAGCUUUCCAGUACAAAUCUAGCAACAGGAUAGAUCCUCACAUAAGAUACUCAAACACAACAAGGCAUAGACGACGACAUCUCCAUCAUUCUUAUCAGAAAGAAUGGGAUCUAUGA